AUGGCCCCGCAGGCGCAUGCCCUGCCCUUUGCUGACCCACUUGGAGCCCUUGUUCAAGGAAUGGCUCAGCUGCAGACGGCGAUGUCUGAAUCUUUGACGUCGCGCACGAAGGAGCCUGAGGUUGUGAAACCGGGUUUGUCGGAGUUGCCCAAGCUGGCCGAGCUAGGCCAGAACUCGGCCAUUGACGUGGGUGAUUGGCUACAUGGACUUCAGAAGCACAUGGGAGACCUCAGUAACAACAGCGGACAGUGGUGGGCAGAGAUCUUGACAUGUUUGUCUCGUUACUACGAAGCCUACCUGGCAGCGUCGCAUGUUGGAAAACUGACCCUGAAGGCUGAUGACUAUGAAACCGACUACCUGAAGAGUGAAAAGUGGGCUCGCGUGGACAAGCGCGCCUCUUCGAUGAUUUUGGCCAGCGUCCCUGAGACAGUCAAGGCCGAGCUCCUUUCAACGAGGCUGGUGGGAACGCUGGCUAUGCUGGCGAGAGUGGUGGUGUUGUACCGACCCGGUUCCCUUGCCGAGCGCCAACAGGUCUUGCGUGCCCUAGAGUCGCCCAGUCAAGCUGCGAAUGCGGCUGAGGCCGUGAAUGAGCUGAGGAAGUGGGCGAGGUGGUUGGCUAGGGCUACAGACAUCGGCGUGCAGUGCCCUGAUGCGAGCGUGUUGGUGAAGGGACUGGACAACAUCGUGAAGAAAGUUCUCCCGGAGCACGUGGACAUCUCAUUCCGGGUGUCUAUGCUCCGCUAUACUUUGGAAGUGGACACACGCCCUACUGUUAAGGGCGCCAGGGACUUGCAGCAGGCUUUGAUGAGUGAGCUUGAGCAAGUGGCUUUCCGAGCGCGAGCUGGCAACAACCCGGCUCCCAGCGUCAAGGCGGCUUCUGUCACUACGAGUACGGCGACUACGGGAGCUAACCAAGGCCAAGCGCAGGGGACCGGAAGCCCAACUGGGCAACCAAAGGCGAAAUCGAAGCCAGCCUGCCGCUUCUUUCUUACGGACAAGGGCUGCUCUAAAGGGUCCUCGUGUACUUUCAGUCAUGCCUUCACUCGCAAGGAGAAGCUGGGACGAUGUUGGACCUGUGGCAGUACCCAGCACCACCAACCGGAGUGCCCUGUGAAGGCUGGGAGUGGAAGCCCUACGGCUAAAGCUGGGGCAGCAGCCAAGUCGUCGCCUACGGUGAACUCUAAUAGCCAGGCUUCGUCGACUACUACUACGACAGCAUCUACGACUUCGGCGGCUUCGGCUGGUUGUGCAGCUGAAGCACCUCCCCCAGCGGUGCCCGAGACCGAGCUAAAGAGCCUUUUGGAAGAGGCCAGCGCAAUGCUCAAGGAGAUUCGCCAGCUAAAGACUUUGUCCUUGACGGUCACCAACGUGCAGAACCAGGCAGUUGGAGUUGGUUGCAAUCCAGAGGAUGGCCGGACUGGUCUCCUGGAUAGUGGAGCGAGCCACCCGUUUCGGGAAGCAGAUGAUGAUGAGAUGAUGGAUGCUGAUCAAGUUCGAGUACAAUUGGCUGGGGGCCGCGAGGCAGUGCUUUCUCAAGGCCGGCACGGCACCCUUUUGGCCAAGAAGACGGGUGCAAUGUCUUCGGCUCCUAUAGUGCCUUUGGGGGCGCUUGUGGAAGAGCUGGGAUGCCAGAUAUCCUGGUCCCGACGAGGUGGACUCGUAAUACGUCACCCACAACAUGGGGUGAUUCGGCCAGCCAUGGUGGGACGCUGCCCAGCGGUGGGAGAGACACAGGCUCUCGAUCUUAUCCGGGAGAUUGAGUCCCGGAAGCUCCAGACCCUUGAGAAUGCAACAAGGGUGACUGCGAAGGCUUUGUGGCUCUGGGACAAGGAGAAGCCAUGGGCGCGCCACCUUGAGGACUUCGUUAAGAGUGGAGGCCGAGCUGCCCAACUGGCAGCGAUGACGACAAAGGGAUCGCCUUUUGCGUUGUGGACAGACUUGCAGCGAUCUCUGCUUGCAGAGAACAUCGAGCUCUCUGACCGUGCGGGCUGGGCUUACCUGAGGGCGGUCCCGGGCUCGAGGCAGCGGAGGAAGAGGAUGAUGACGUUGCCCUGGGUGAUUCACCUCUAUUCAGGUCCUGGAAGGGCGUUGGACCCAGUGUUUCGUGAGUUGGACGACGGGAGGGUGAUGGUUCAAGUGGACAUCAACCGCAGCAAGGCUGAGGACAUGAACAUGGUGGCUGGUGUUUAUCGAGCACUCUUGUGGGCUGCUGCUACUGGGAGAGUCGAUGGGAUCUUCGGCAGCCCUCCGCAGAAGCCUGAGUUGGUUCAGAGGAUGAUGUGGUUGUCUGUUGUGGCCAAGGCAGCACGAGCAGCUCAUGGAGGCCAUCCGGCGUUUGUGUUGCUUGAGGGCCAGAAGAUCAUGAAGCUCGCCAGGAAGGGCGAGGUGGAGCGAUGGUCCUCGGUGUCUUCUACCUGGGAGGGCUACAUGGAUGUCGCUUGCUUGGAAGAGGUGGGUGAUAAUGUGGUCACGAAUUUGAAACUGAAGGAGCCUCUGGGGACAACGACGGAGGAGAAUGCCGCGUGGACUGUUGGUUUCAAGCAGGAGUUGGUGGAGGCGAUCAAGCAAUGGGGAAGAGAACCGGAAGCUCUGCAGGUGAUGAAGUGGAUGAAGAAGCUGGAUGCCGAGUCUGGUAAGUUCUUAGAGGGCUUUACUGAAAAGGAGCUGGAGAUGUGGCGCACGCACGUGCGCAACAACCAUGAACUGGAAGGGCACAUCGUCGUGUACGCCAUCCCAGACUACCGGUACUUGCUGAUCGGUGCCUACGUGUUUCCUCGUGAUGGGCGUCUGGAUGAUGGGACGGGCAUCGGAGCAAUCUUUGGGGAUGAUGACGACAAGGACUUUGACCCCAUGGAGGAGAUUCCUGAAGGACGCGUUAAAGGACCACCUGUUGAUGGAGAUGAGUUAAGGGGCUUGUCUCAGGAGGAGUUUAAUCGGAUCUUCAAUGAGGUUGGCAAGGAGCUCGACUAUGAUACGGUGUACGUGGCGAGGCCGCUGAGAACAAGGACGGCUUCAGAAGUCACAGCCGCGGCGCAGGAGUUGGUGUUGAAGCUAGGUGCCGAGGGCUGCCAUGUAUCCCGUGUACACACGGACAGGGCUCGGGAGCUGCGUGUUGAACCUCUUCGUCGGUGGCUACUACAAAAGGGGAUCCUGGUGACGUACACCGAAGGGCAAUCCCCACAGGCGAAUGGUAGGGCCGAAGCGGCUGUGAAAUGGACGAAGUCAGCAGUAAAAAGACUACUGGGCGCGUCGGGCCUGGGAAAGGAGAACUGGGCCGUGGCGGCAAACUACGCAGUACAAGCUCAGAUGGACAAGGUUCCAAAGAGAACUCCACCGAUGCUACCGUUUGGGACGAGGGUGCACGUAAGAUCAAAAGUUUACGGCACAGGUGGACGGUAUGAUCUAAAUUCGAGGUGGCAAGCUGGUGUCUAUGUGGGACCUAGCUUAGAUGUGAAGGGUGGCCAUGUUAUCCGCUUGGAGUCCGGCUCCUUUAUGACGUCAACUCAUCUGCGACCUCAUCUACUGGAGCCAGACAGAAUCGCUGAGUUAGCCGAAUACGAAGUUUCAUUGCCUAUGCCCAUAAGACGCUUGAGAAGCAAAGUCGCUGCACGGGACUUGGAACCAGUUGAGGCUCCGGACGAACUGAACUUCAAGUAUGACCCUGAACACCCGGCCGAGCUGUUCGCCAAGAGGCUGCUAGAGGAGGAUGUGCUGACCCCGGACCAAUGCGAGAUCUUAGCGCUGAUGCUACCUUCCUCGACAGCUACGCCUAAACGCUUUGGACCUCAAGGGGAGAACCAGAAGGUGUGGAGUGCCGGAGCUUUCGUCCAUGGGGGAGUUUUGGGAGUAAAGAGAGCUACUGGAGCUUUCCCCUCUGCUACGAGAGUGUUCACCAAGUACGUCCGCCAACUGCAGCCGGACCAUGAGUUCAAUGCGGUUGCCGUUACGGUGGAUGUGGGAGCUCAACAACAUGUGGAUGCUCAUAACGUUGGCAAGAACUUGAUUGCGGGUCUUUCCUACUUCAAGGGCGGUGGUCUGGAGGUUGAAGAGAACGGCGAAAAGAAGUUGUUGCCGCUGGACGGUGACCACACGCACCAGCUCUUUGAUCCACGCCAGAAGCAUUCUACGAAGCCGUGGUAUGGAGGAUCUCGUACUGUGUUGAUUGCCUACUCCGUCAGAGACAGUGGUAAGCUGCAGCCAGAUAAGAUUGACUACUUGAAGAGCUUUGGCUUCAGUUGGACGCCUCAUAUGUCGAAAGGGGCGAAAGAUGAGGAGGCCGCAAGGCUGCAUGUUAUACGAGUGGGUUUGUUGGAUGUCGCAAAGAACGUGGACGUUCCAGAACAACAUCGAGAUUCUCCAGAACAAGGGGGUGCAAGUACAACAGGCCCUGAAGGUGACGUUCCAGAACAACCUCGAGAUUCUCCAGAACAAGGGGGUGCAAGCGGAGCUGGUCCAAGUGGCGACGGUCUAGAGCCGAAGGAAACGAGUGGUCGUGGGUCGUCUAUGUUCGAGUCCUUAUCCUACCUUACCAAAGAUGUCGAGGUGGCAAUUGGCGACCUUGAAGAUCGUGCUGCAAGGCUUCGUGAUCUACUUGAGGAGGAGGAGAUCAUGUGUGAGGAAUAUCGUCGUGUGGGCCAGGCUACGCGAGAGAACCUGGUAGAUGCAAGGAGCCAAGUUUGUGACUUCCUAGACCAUGUGCAUGAAGAGCUGGUGGGCUUUGAGCGGCUGAGAACGAUGAUGUGUUUGAAUGCCAUGAAGGUUGGCUCCGAAGUUUCUACAGAAGAUGACGUGGAUUACGAGGCCUUGUUGGAGAGCUUGGAGGAGGACUUAAAGGUUGUGUACACGGUGCCGGUCGCUCAAGUUCGCAAGGCCCUUGCUAAAUGGACGGCGGCAAUUCGAAAGGAGGUUGAUGCCCUUUUCUCGUCUGGGACUUUGAGGAGGGUUGCUGUGGAUGAGGCGAAGAAGUUAGAGUCCGAGGGCUCUGUGAUCUUUGCACCAGCGAAGUGCGUGUUCACUUUGAAGCCGCCCCAAGUCGCUGGACAGCGAGCUAGGCGAAAGGCUCGCCUAGUUAUAUGCGGAAACUUUGUCCGUGAUAAUGCAGAGUUUGGUGACCUCUACGCGGCUGGAUCCUCCACAGAUGCUCUUCGUCUUACGCUAGUGGUCUCAGCAAUGAGGAGAUGGGUUGGAGCCAUUUCCGAUAUCACUGGGGCCUUCUUAUUGGCGACUUGGCCAGAGAAUCUCCCAAAGUACGGAAUAUACCCUCCCCGCAUCGUACGGGAUGCGGGCGCAGCUCAAGCUGAAGCAUGGAUCGUAGAGCGGCCGUUGUACGGCCUUCGAGAGUCACCGAGAAUCUGGUGUGAUUUCCGCAACAGGCGUUUGAAACGAGCCCGCAUACAUGUUGGCGACUUAGUGCUUGUUCUACGUCCGACGGUGUCCGAGCCCGAGCUGUGGAUGAUCCUCGAGGAGAUCACUGGAACACUUCAUGGACUGAUAGUGCUUUAUGUGGAUGACAUCGCCUACUUCUCCACACCAGAGGUGGUUCGAGCUGUGCACGCUUAUGUUGUUGAGGAAUGGCCAGCAAGUGACCUUGAGUGGAUAUCCGAGUCCAACUCAGUUCGAUAUCUCGGUGUUGAGAUUGGAAGAGAGGCCAGGACAGAUGAACAGGGCGAGGCUCGGUUCGUCUACACCAUCGGACAGGCUGGUUAUGUCCGGGACUUGUUGCGUGCGCAUGGCCUCAUGGAUGUCACACCUACCGCGCUGCCUGCACCAAAGGAGUGGAUUGAAAACGCAGAGAACGACGACAACGUUGAGGAGUAUGACGAGUCCACUCUCAGGUUAGCCCAACGGUAUGUUGGUGAGUUGCUUUGGCUGGGAACUCGCACGAGGCCAGACGUGAUGUUUGUGGUCUCUCAUGCUGCAAGCUGUGUUUCGAAGAAACCGGGCUAUGUUGUUCGACUUGGACAAAGGGUCAUGGCCUACCUUGCAGGCACCACCGACUUAAAGAUGACGAUGGGGCCAGUUAACAUGCCAGAGCAGCUAGAACUCAUCGCGUUCACGGACGCAUCAUACGCCCCAUUUGGGCGUCGAUCUUUUGGCGCUGCCGUGAUAACCUUUUUGGGAUCACCGAUAGCAUGGAAGGCAGGACGUCAGAGUUUUGUGACUCUUUCCGUGAUGGAAUCGGAGCUCUACGCAGCCACUCAAGGAUGCACGUUGCUAAACUCUGUAUAUGCUUUGUUGCAAGAGCUUUGUCCACAAGGCGUCUGCCGAGUGCUUGCUGUGGAUAAUACGAGUGCUGUUUCAAUGCUGAGUGGCGGCCAUGGCUCACAGCGCACGAGGCACCUGAAGAUCCGUGCUCAUUAUGUGAGAGAGGCAGUUGAGGCGGGUGAGUUAAUUGUGCGACACACUCCAGGAAGCGAACAGCUAGCCGACCUCUCUACCAAGAUGCAGUCAAAAUUGCGGCUGCAACAGCUGCUGCGCCUCUGGGGCUUCGUUGGAGUGGCCAUGGAUGUGUUGCAAGCGAUGAAACUCAAGCUUCUGGCGGUCUUCGUGAUGACUACGCUGGGUUCGGCGGUGUGUUCUUCGGAUCUACAAGCGAUGGAAGAAGGCAAGAAAGCUGGAGAUCGUGUCCCAGCUGGCUUCUUCUGCGGCAAGGAGGAGGACGACUACUACCCCUACUCGGACGAGGGAUGCUACUACCGGAACCACGAGGUCGCCGUCGCCUAUGAGUACGCCACCGACCGCGAGGACGCCAAGUUUGCCUACAACGCCGCCAAUGCAGCAGCCGAGUUCUACUUCUUCGGGGAGACGUGUGACGCCUCCUCCGUUGCCAAGGACACCUUACAGCUUAUGACGUGCGAAGACUUGAAGUCCGCGCUUCGGAUGGAAGGGAUGCCUGUUUCAGGCGUCAAGUCAGACCUUGCUGAUCGUUUGAUGUCGCGCUUAGCUGGUUGCAAUGUCACAAACAAGCAGCUCCGCUAUGUCCUUUACUUGUGGAGAGUGAAGUCCCUGAACUACAAGUGCAAGCUACGAUGGGAGGACAUCAACAGCAAGUAUCGGAUUUCGGCGUGGAUAGCUGCCUGGAAGGAUGCCUAG